AUGAAUUCCGAAUUUAAUCCUAUUGUAGGACCCUUCGCAGUUUCCCUCGAUACCGGGAGUCAAGUGGGUGCAAACAUCAUAUGAAGAUGAAGCGGAGCUUGUGAACCUAUUUGAGGGCGUCGAAACAGUCCUUUGCUUCUUCGCCGUGCUCAAUGAUCCUGACAAUGUAGUCCAGAAGAGGAUCAUCGAUGCGUCAGUAAAAGCAGGGGUCAAACGUUACGCCCCUGCUGAAUGGGCAACGUAUGUGGUAUCCGUCCAUCGAUAUUUGCAGCUGCUAAUCAAAAUAGAGGCACUAAGCUGGAGAGCCGUAUUGAUAUCAUGCCAUGGUACGCUGGCAAACUCGAAGUCAGUCAUUAUUUAGAGGACCUCAAUAAGGAUAAAAAGGUGACUGGAUCUUCAAUGCCACUGCAUAGCUUGACUAACGCCUGAUAGGUUCUCGAAUACACUAAAUUCCAAAUCGGGCUUUAUAUGAACUACCUCGGCCAUCCGCAUAAAGUGUCCAAGUAUCUGACGACUAUGCCCACGAAUAUUGACUUUGAAAAUGGCCGAGCUCUGCUCGCCGAGGGGUCCUUGGACGAUCAGCUCACUUUCACCACCGCCCACGAUGUCGCUGCUGUGGUCGCUCGUGCUGUUGAUUACGAGGGUGAAUGGCCCCCUGUGGGUGGAGUGCAAGGAAGUCGGGUCACCGUGGGGGAACUGAUCCGAAUUGCGGAAAGUGUUCGAGGUACAUACUAUCCUCUCUGAAAGCCUUGACUUCAGAGCAUUGUCUGGCGAAUUUCUGCGCAAGAUUACUGACAUAACUCAUAGAGAAACCCUUUACGAUCGAAUGGGAGAAAAUGGAGGAUCUGGAGGCAAAAGAGCUCAAGUCGGAGAAUUACAUUCGCCUUCCGUUCCCCGGGAUCCCUGAGGAUCAGCUGGAGGCAUUUUCCAAACUGGCAACAGUGUCGGUUUUACUUGGGGGACAUCACGGCCUCUGGGAUGUAACGGAUGAGUGGAACCAACUGCUACCGGACUAUAAAUUCACCCAGGUUGAGGACUUCAUCAAGGAGAUAUGGAAGCUUGAAUAG